GCGGGCGGGGCCGCUGCCGAGGGCGCGGCGGACGAGGCCGAGGCCGAGAUCAUCCAGCUGCUGAAGCGAGCCAAGUUGAGCAUCAUGAAAGAUGAGCCAGAAGAGGCUGAGCUAAUUUUACAUGACGCUCUUCGUCUUGCCUAUCAGAGUGAUAACAGGAAGGCCAUCACUUACACUUAUGAUUUGAUGGCCAACUUAGCAUUUAUACGGGGUCAACUUGAAAAUGCAGAAAAACUUUUUAAAGCAACAAUGAGUUACCUGCUUGGAGGGGGCAUGCAACAGGAAGACAAUGCAAUAAUUGAAAUCUCCCUAAAACUGGCCAGUAUCUAUGCUGCUCAAAAUAGACAGGAAUUUGCUCUUGCUGGCUAUGAAUUCUGCAUUUCAACUCUAGAGGAAAAAAUUGAAAGACAAAAGGAAUUAGCAGAAGACAUUUUGUCAGUGGAAGAGAAAGCCAGCACCCACCUCCUCCUUGGCAUGUGCUUAGACACCUAUGCUCGCUACCUUCUGUUCUCCAAGCAGCCGUCACAGGCACAGAGGAUGUACGAAAAAGCUUUGCAGAUUUCUGAAGAAAUGCUAGGAGAAAGACACCCACAGACCAUUGUGCUGAUGAGUGACCUGGCGACCACCCUGGACGCGCAGGGCCGCUUCGACGAGGCCUGCGUUUACGUGCAGAGGGCGUCCGACCUGGCCCGGCAGAUCGAGCACCCCGAGCUGCACAUGCUGCUCAGUAACCUCGCCGCCAUCCUGAUGCACCGAGGUAGGGCGCCCCGGAAGCCGGACUGCCCCGGCUUGAGGGAAGGGGGUCCCUGCAGGUAGGGAUCUGUGAGAAGAUUUUAGGGAGGGCAAGGAGCAGGCAGGAAGCUCCGGAACGAAGCAGC